AAAUAUCGUAACCAGAUCCAUAUUAUUAUCUUCUCCGGGGAGAACACCGGAAAUAGAACUGUUGAACUUGUGUAGGAAACCGGUGUAACCUACAUAUGUAUCAUACAAAUGGAGACAUUUGUUAUUCAGCCGGAAUAAUGUUUUUCUAGCGCUUUAUCGUCGCAGCUCUGAUUGCUAAUCAACUUUUGAGGGGUCCUGUGUUGAUAUAAGUUUACGUUGCGAACUCUCCAAGCUUGACUAUUAUGCUUAGCACUUAGCCUAACAAUAUAGUAUCAAUAGCUUACCUCGAAUGACAACAAGACUUAGACAAAUUGCAACACAGCUCAAAUCCAAAAUGUCUGACAUUCACCUAUACACUGGGGCGACACCUAACGGUAUCAAGAUCUCAAUCUUGCUCGAGGAGCUAGGACUGCCAUAUAAAACCACCGCCAUCGACAUUAGCAAGAACACCCAGAAGGAGCCGUGGUUCUUGGCGAUCAACCCGAACGGCCGUAUUCCUGCACUGACGGACACUUUCACAGAUGGCAAGCCCAUCAACUUGUUUGAGAGUGGCUCUAUUAUGCAGUAUCUCACCGACAGAUAUGACACCGAGCAUAAAGUAUCUUACCCGAAAGGUUCCAGGGAGUACUAUGAAGUAAACAACUGGCUUAUGUGGCAAAUGAGUGGCCUCGGUCCAAUGCAAGGACAAUUGAAUCAUUUCAACCGCUAUGCUCCGGAGAAGAUCCAAUACGGCAUCGACCGCUACAAGAACGAGACUCGGCGCCUCUACAGAACGAUGGAGACACAGCUGAAGUCUUCUAAGUCCGGCUAUCUAGUCGGUGACCGAUGCACAUCAGCUGACAUCGCGUCCUGGGGAUGGGUUUCAGUAGCUAACUGGUCUGGAGUCGAUAUGUCUGAGUUUCCAGUUCUCGAGGAAUGGGUCCAAAGGAUGCUGAAACGGCCAGGAGUUGAAAAGGGACGUCAUGUGCCGUCGAAGCAUAAUUAUGAGCAGAUCCGGAGUCUCACAGAAGAGCAGAUGGAUGCGGCAGCUGCUCAGACCAGAGGAUGGGUUCAAGCCGGGAUGAAAGAGGACGCGAAAUAAAUACCUAAUGCUGCGAUUAGCACUGCUGCCUCAAGGGUAGACCUUUGUACGUCAUCGAUGCUAGUAUGAUUGUUAUGUAGUUCAAGGAAUGAAACAAAGAAUAAUAAUUGUCAUGAUGGCUUCGUAUCAUCGCGUAAUUUGUUUAGAAUUGUUAUGCGUGUGUUAGAGUAUGUGCAACUUAACUACA